GCUGACCAACUCUUAGACAAACCGUUAACGUAGGCUUCACGUAAGUUAUUUAGACCCCCUGGCCUAUUCAACGUGAACAGGAGUUACUGACAUCGUGUGGAAAUAGCACGCCUGAUGUUGUAUAUGCAAUCAGUCAGGAUCACCCACUCGUUACUCUCGAUGACCCGAUCUAUAAAGGAUCGGGAUCUCUUCUUUCCGGCGAGUGUACAUCGACGGAUUUCACUCUUGUGAGCGCGGACGGGGGUUACACCAUGUACUAUGCCGGCUUCCAAGGCUGUAACGACGACCGGCCUCAGUGUUGCCCGUGGCCAGUCGCUGCGACCUCUGCAUCAGACGCAUUUCCUGCCACGGUGAACCUUGAGGUAGAGCCAGAAAUUGAGAUAGAACACAAGCGUGGCGACAACUAUCCUCAACCGGCUCAUGGUUAUCGGGCGAAAUUCAAAGACUGCCCCGAUGACUACUAUUCUGUUUCGGGUGGUUGCUGCCCUGCCGGAUACUACUUCUUCACAUCAGCCAUCGGUGGCCAAACGCCUUGCUGGAGCCCUCUCAGUAGCGCAGCAAGCGUUCCGCCCCUAACCCGAGCCGUGGCUGCAUAUGAUGCGAUUACCACUAGUGGCAGCGUUAAUGGUAGUGAUGGUGAUGGUGGUGAUGAUGACCCUAAUGAGGACGAUUCAACACCUACGUCAGCCGUCAACAACGUGGUCUUCUCUGUCCACUACCCCGUCGACAGCCACGAUGCCCUUUCUCUCGGUGCUUACAUCGGCAUUGCCCUUGGUAUCAGCGUAACAGUCAGCGCGACUUUCGCAACCAUUCUCUGGUUCUGGCUACGGCGGAGAAAGCAGAAGACGGCAAGGUUGAGAAGAGCUAUGCAGCAAGCUGACAACGACAAUUAUUACCCUGGUAUCUGGGACGGCCCCUCCCACGGCUCAGAUGAACAGUUGUUUCAAGUACCUGCGCAAGAACUCACCACGUUCGGACAAGACGGAAAACCGACAGCAGUAGACCGCAUGGCCUCCAGAACCGGAAGAACUAACAGCGGAUAUGCCGCUCAACAAGCUCAACAUUUCCAGCAGCAGACCCAGCAGUCAUUCGGCUUCCAUGCUGUUGGCACACACGGACACAACAGCGGCGGCAUGAACAAUGACUUUACUCCCGGUUUCCCCCUUGCAGUCCAUGUCCCACGCCGCGUAAGCUCAGCCGCCGCCGCCGCCGGUGGAAAUUCGUCCUUGCCGCCCAUCCCGCCCAUCUCAUCCACUAGGUCGCAACUUCCUCUCAUUAAGAAGGACGAGAAUGCCUGGGGUGUGGACUCUAAAGGCGGACAAGGGCACGUUGACUCCAAAGGUAGAAAGCCCAAAGGCGGCCUUAACGGUAGGAAAGAAGAAGAGCCCUUACAAAAUGCGGGUGGUGCGUCGGAGGGUGCAGCAGGGAGUUCUUCUUCUCACAACGGAGACCAACAGCAACGGCAAUCCCAGCACCCGGCUGCUGAACUUGAAGGGCAUCCGGUUGCUGUUCCUGGUGGACACGGGAGUGGCUAUGGGCUUGAUGAAGUGGAGGGGAAUGAUGAGCCGCCUCCUGAGUAUAGGGAGUUUUAGGUGGAGUGUUUGGUGUAUAUAAAGUUGGAGGGAGGCUCGGGAGAG